GCCUGUGGGUGCUGGGACUAGAACCUGGGUCAGCUGAGCUAUCUCUCCAGUCCUUCCACCACUUAUUUUUAUGUCCAGAUCAUCACAAAUGCGUGGGAAUUAUCCUCUCGAGGAGUAAGGCGGGGCAUGACGGUAAACUCAACCAACGAGACUCAAAACGACUUCCGGCUUGCAUUUCCACUCGUGGAACACGGUGAGGGCCCUCGGGGCGUGACGCCGUAAAGACUCCGGAAUUCCCCCGUUCUCCAACUCUAUUGGCUUUAACCUCUGGUCACCUGACUCUCUCGACCAACGAGAGGCGACUGAAUCAGUACUUCCGCCUCUGUGUGCGUCUAGCGAACCACUGUGCCCACCCCACGAGUACUCUGAUUGGUUGCUCUCUCGAAGCCCGCUUGCUUAUUGGCCAGGACGGGAUCCGGCUAUCCAGCGGCAACCUAGAGCUGUGUCAGACAAGCCUAGCAACCCGGCAGCCAUGGCGUCUUAUUUUGAUGAGCACGACUGCGAGCCGUUGAACCCUGAUCGCGAGGCCCGCAACAACAUGUUGCUGGAGCUCGCGAGGAGAGUGCGCGGGGCUUGGAGCUGGGCCCCGGGUAGCAGAUCACUCUUUAAUAGGAUGGACUUUGAGGACUUGGGACUGGUAGACUGGGAACACCACCUGCCUCCACCAGCUGCCAAGGCCGUGGUAGAGAGCCUCCCCAGAACGGUCAUCGGUAGCGCCAAGGCUGAGCUCAAGUGCCCUGUGUGCCUUUUGGAAUUUGAGGAGGAGGAAACUGUCAUUGAGAUGCCCUGCCAUCACCUCUUCCAUUCCAACUGCAUUCUGCCCUGGCUGAGUAAGACAAAUUCCUGCCCCCUGUGCCGCCAUGAGCUGCCCACUGAUGAUGACAGUUACGAAGAGCACAAGAAAGACAAGGCUCGGCGGCAGCAGCAGCAGCACCGCCUGGAGAACCUCCAUGGAGCCAUGUACACGUGAGGCAGCAUUAGGGCUGUGAGCUCGGCCUCUGUGACAUCUAUGUCCUUUUGCACUUUGAGUCUUCAUUAAAGGUUUCUUUACCCACUCUGCAGGUGCACUGCUCACACGCCCGAGCAGGGGCUCUGCAUCCUCAGCCCUGCUGCUAAUGAGAAAAAUGGCAAAGGUGUCAAAUGGUAGAAGGUGCCAGGCUGCAUUUCCCUUUCUGCUGGCCUCUAGACUCUGGGUGGUGGGGCCCUGGUAGCAGCCAGGGCUUGGGUCUGAGUGUUCUUGGUUAGAAGACUGUGUCAGGGCCUGGCACUUUGUAGCUUUUUAAAACUGAUAAACUAACUUGCACCACCCCCUUCCGGAAGAAUCUAGUUAACCUUGGAACCUUUAGUUAACAUUGGAAUCCUGGGGGUGUUCUUUAGUUCCACUGAGAAAACUUUUUAACAUUGUAAACUCUGUAUUCUGUCCCUGUAGGCCCCGGGUAUCAAGGAAUCAAAGUUCAAGCCAGACUGGGCAGGGAAAGAAAUGAGACUACAAAGCCAAGCCAGGUCUUUAGCUUGUUUAGACUCAUAAAGGGGGCCAAGGUUUUGAGAGUGGGUUUCUAUGUGACCCUGGCUGGCUUGGAACUCACUGUAUAGACCAGGCUGAUCCUGGUCUACACAGAACUUAGGAGAUCCUCCUGCCUCUACCUCCUAGCUCCCCAUGCUGGGAUUACUGGUAUGUACCACCAUACCCAGACCCUUCUGAUGUAUUUAGAUGGCACCUGUCACUUAGUUACUGGCAACCCUCAAGAAUCUUUCAUAGUUACUGGCAACCCUCAAGAAUCUUUCUGGGAUGAAAGGGCUUCUUCUCAUCCCUACCUACUGGAUCAGACCCUCCCUGAUUCUCCAGAACAGACUGCAAACAUGCAAAUUAGAAUUCUUUUAAUAGAUAUAAAAAAGUACUAAAAUA